AUGGGUGAAGUGCUCUCUCGAUUGUUCAUUGAUGUGGAAGACAUCCCACUGACAGGAUAUGGACUUGUCCAACUAGUCUUUUUGUUUUGCGUGUACAGUUUCAUCUUAUUCAAGGGCGCCAACCUAAUUUCUGAUGGAAGCGAACUCCUCCUCCUCGUUCCUCAAUGGGCAGGUCUUAUCGGCAGUAUCGUACUUCCGUUUAUUGGGUCUGUGCCUGACUCUGCUAUUGGUAUAUAUAACUUUUGA